AGAGAAAACUCCAGACGAAGUUUGGUCCAAUGACAAGAAGGUACGAAUCAAACUGAACCGUGUUUGAUUCUAGUGUGAAAGCAUUUUUGGAUGUUUUGGACUUUGAGCUCAUUUACAGGAAGUUUUUCUAGGUCUCUACACGCUGAGGAGAAAUGUGUUGUGACAUCUUUUAAAAACCACUGUGGGAGCAAACUGCCGCUCGUCUUUCCUCAGAGCGAGGUUUCCUGCCGGUGACGACGAUAUUUUGUUCACGUUUAUUUGGUGUUUUUGAACGAGCCUCGGUCACAGGUCGUGCUGCAGGUGGUAAUGCUGACCGUCCGCUCAGUCGUUCUUGUCAAGGCCAAAGCUCUUGUUACUGCAGGACUAACUUGUUCUGCAUCAAGCAGGAGGCGCUGCUCCUGUCAGCCAUCAGGACACGUUCCUACAGCACAAACAUGUUGAAACACCCGUUUAAGCUCCACUCAGGAUCCUCUGGGUUCAGACCCAAAGAAACAGAAGUGCAGUAACCAGCAUCACACAGCAGGGGGCGCUGCUGCUCCUCCUCCUCCGUCACCACAGCAGGAGGCUGGUGGUGUUCCCCUCCUGGUGCAGCCUUUAUGGACGCUGCUCGCCUUGAAAUAGUGUUUUGAUACCACGACUACACGACCAGUACACCCUGUGCUCUGAUGUUCUCUCACAAAGUACUACAAAUAUUUUAGCAGUAUUAUUGACCUUGUAACUCUUGAGUUUAAAUUCCCAGAUGUAAAGAAAGUUUUUGGGAACAUGCUGUGAUGUCGGCGUCGGCUCAGCCUGCGGAGCGCUGUGUCGAUCAAACCUAUUGAUCGCUGAUCCGGAGCGUCCAGCCAGUCGAGGCUCAGCAGAUGUUACAUAAGCAGCCAUCCGUCCGUCGGAGGGAACCGCUGGAAGAGCGCAGGGCUGGAGUCGAGCAGGACGACUCCACCUUCACAUCCCGUCUCAGCCAGAUCACCGCAGAGAUGCCGGGGACUCUUCCCAGGUUUCCCAGCAUGCCGCGGGGGGUGACCAUGCCUACCUUGCUCAGCUCCCUGCCCAGAGGAAUCACCAUGCCCAGCAUGCCCAGCAUGCCCAGCAUGCCCCGAGGGGUGAGCAUACCCAGCCUGACCAGGGGGAUGUCGCUGCCGAGGGCCGUCGCCAUGUCGACCGUGUCCCAGGCUCCUCGGAGGCUCCUGCAGGACCUCUGCUCUGUGCUGGACCAUCAGACGCCCGGAGGUCUGUGCGGUUGCUGCUGGGCGUUGCGUCCUCGCUAUAAGAGGCUGGUUGAUAAUAUUUUCCCAGAAGACCCUGAGGACGGGCUGGUGAAGGCCAACAUGGAGAAGCUGACGUUCUUCGCUCUGUCGGCUCCGGAGAAACUCGACCGCAUCGCCGCGUACCUGUCGGAGCGACUCACCCGAGAGCUGAACCGCCACCGCUACGGGUAUGUGUGUAUAGCGAUGGAGGCGAUGGAGCAGCUGCUGCUGGCCUGUCACUGUCAGAGCAUCAACCUGCUGGUGGAGAGUUUCCUCAGCACGCUGCGUCAGCUGCUGGAGGCCGACAAGCCACACCUCCACAUCCUCGCCACCAACUCUUUUGUGAAGUUUGCGAACAUCGAGGAGGACACGCCGUCGUACCACCGCAGCUACGACUUCUUUGUGUCUCGCUUCAGUGAGAUGUGUCACUCUGAGCACGAAGACGCCGACGUCCAGAACAAGAUCCGUGUGUCGGGGAUCCGCGGUCUGCAGGGCGUGGUCAGGAAGACGGUGGAUGACGAGCUGCAGGUGAACAUUUGGGAGCCGCGUCACAUGGAGCAGAUCGUCCCCGCUCUGCUGGUCAACCUGCAGCAGCACACACAAACCAACAGUGAGUCUCCUGCAGAGCAGACUGAGGUGUGUUUCAGAGAGCUGUUGGGCCGAGCUGCUUAUGGACACAUUAACAACGCUAUCAGACCCGUGCUGAUGCACCUGGACAGUCACAGUCUUUGGGAAGGACGGACCUUUGCUGUUCGGUGUUUUCAGAUCAUCAUGUACUCCAUCCAGUCCCAGCAUUCCCACCUGGUGAUCCAGCAGCUGUUGGGUCACCUGGACGCUAACAGCAGGAGUCCGGCUUCAGUCCGAGCCGGGAUCGUGGAGGUCCUGUCUGAAGCUGCUGUUAUAGAAGCUACCGGAUCUGUAGGUCCCACAGUACUGGAAGUAUUCAACACGUUACUGCGACAGCUUAGGCAGAGUGUCGACUACCAGCUGACUGGUUACUAUGACAACACCGUGAAGCGCAAAACCACCUCGCUUGAAGAGAAAACUCUGCAGGACGCCGUCAUCAAAACCAUCGGAUCUUUCGCCAAUACGCUUCCCAUCUACCAGAGGUCAGAGGUCAUGCUGUUCAUCAUGGGGAAGAUCCCUGUUCCUGGUAUCUACCCCGCCCUGGGGUCACCCAACGCCGGGUUUGAAGGCAGCAGGAUGAUCCAGGUGAUGCUGUUGAAGUCGCUCCUCCAGGUAUCGGAGCGCUAUGAAAGCAGUAACCUGUUGACAGCGUUGCCCUCGUCCUUCUUGGAGCCUCUGCUGUCCUUCACUCUGAUGGAGGAUCCAGAAAUCCGUCUGCUGGUCCUGUCCAUCCUCACCUCGCUCAUCGACAGACGCCACAACAGCAGCAGACUCACCGCUGCCAGCGAGAUGUUUGAUGUGUCAGUGUUGGAGCUGAAGGAGGACCGAUGCUCUCGACAGGACAAUUUGUUCAUCAGGAAGCACGCUCAGCGUCUCUACAGACACGUCUACCUCACCUGUAAGGAGGAGAGCAGCGGGCGGAGCCACUACCAGGCCCUCAUCACCUUGUUGGUCGUACUCAGUGUGGAACUGGCCAAUGAGGAGGUGGUGGUGGACCUGAUCCGACUGGUCCUCGCGCUGCAGGAGCUGGCGUUGUCCAGUCACGAGUGUCUGUCCGUGUUUAACCGCUGUGGUGUUCACGCCGUGUGCGCCGCCUUCCUCAACCUGUUGUCGCAGCUCGGUCCGCCUCCGGCGCUCCGCCUACACGUCGCACAGGUCAUAGAGAGUCGACAGAAGAGCGCCGAGCAACUGCUGCCAAAAGACCUGUUCUGUGACAAACCCAGACUGCCAGAAGGUGAGCUGAAGGUGGACGAAGACUUUCUGUUCGUCCAGUCAAAGAUCUGCGAGGCUCUGACAGGAAGCAGCUACAGCGCACACAGCGAACGCAUCAACACGCCAUACGUACCUCAGAUAACAGAUGAAGAUCGUCUGUCUAAGAGGAAGAGUGUUGGCGACGUCAUCUCUAUGCAGACGGACAUCGACCCUCAGUUCUGUCCUGAGUUCUAUCCAGAGCAGAAACCUCAGACAGAGCAGAUCACCUUUGAGACGCUGAAGAACGCCAUGGACGACAGGGGGAGUGCGGAGGAAGAGGAGAGGAGGAGGAUGCAGCUGGUGGAGAGGUUUCAGACGGCUCCUUUCGAGGAGAUCGCCGCUCACUGUGGAGCCAGGAGCUCCUUGCUUCAAUCCAAACUGGACCGGGUGUUCGAUCUGAUCAUACGUCCUCCCCCGUCUCCGUCUGGACACUCGCCGCCUCGCUCCACGCCGCUCUACGAGAUGAAGUUUCCUGACCUGUGCGUCUACUAGACCCUCAGAGACGACAGCGUUAAAGCACCUCCCUCACCUGAUGUCACGUGUCCCCUGUUGGAGGUAGGAGAGGACGCAGGGAGGGAGGGAGUCCCGUCAGCACUUAAACUGAAAGACGUUGUGAUGUAAAUGACCGACCUGGCGUUGUCCGUGCUCUCCUUGUGAAGUGUUUCCUGUUUCACAUGUCUGUAAGGGUUUGUAGCUCCUUCAGUUCGAGAUCAAAUCUGAACACAGACGCUGUAGAUUUUGAAAGAAUAAUAAAAUAUUUAAUGUCA